AUAAACACUCAAAUAAUCCAACAAAAUAAUAGUUUAAAAGAGGAACAACUCCCCAUCCGCCCACACGCACACACGCCUCCCUCCCAGUGGAAACACGCGGAUUCGAGGAUACAAAAACCAUUCCAAUCGAAGUUCAAUCGAAGCUGAGAAACUCAACUAAAACUGCAGUCAAUAUGAUGUCCUUCAAGUCGUUUAUGCUGCUUAGUUUAUCCCUCGCUGCCAUCAGUGCCUAUGUCUACGCCCAGGUCGCCCCGGGCUCGAAUGCGUACCUGCCGCCCACGAAGAAUGGCUACGACUACUCCGAGCCGCAGACCCCAUUUAAACCUGGUCCACCUGGCAGACCGGCGCCCGGACCUCGUCCACCAGCACCUCCCGGCCAACCACGCAACAUUCCCGGCCAGCCAGGCGAUGAUCACGUCCAUAUGCCAGGCAUGCCCUACGAAUUCGAGUACGCCGUUCAGGACCCGGAGACCGCCAAUGACUACGCGCACAAAGCGUCCAGCGAUGGGGAUGUGGUGACAGGCGAAUACCGCGUGCAGAUGCCCGACGGACGCACCCAGGUGGUGCGCUACACGGCCGAUUGGAAGACCGGCUACCAUGCGGACGUCAGCUACGAGGGGGAGGCUACAUUCCCCCAGGGACCGCAGCCGGGUGCGCGCGGGGGUGGUGGCGGUGGCGGCGGUGCCGGCGGUUACAAGUACUAGGAGUGGAGUGUGGAUUUCUUGAGA